AAAACUGAGGAUAGGUGAAUGUCACGUUUCUACUGUCGAAACCACAUCUUUUACUAGAACUACGAAUGUAGAAACUGGGUGACGGCUGGCUUCCAUUUCACGGCCUGACUACUCAACCGGUAAGCUUCACAACCUUUUCUAUUCUCGCCUGAGGCCUAGCCACAAAAGUACUGGUACAAGAGCUCCGGUUCUACUCUGCUAUACCCUUCACCAAGAUGUUGGAUCGUCUCGUACCAGCUCUGCUGCUUUGUUCUUCGUUCUUCAUUUUGGUGGACAAAAUAUGUGGUAGUCCAGGUGCAUGGACUCCUCAUACUCAUGACGUCCUCGCGGACCAAUACGGACGUCCAUUCAGGCGGUUAGCCGAUCAAGAAGCUGCGCGACCGAGGAGGUUGGCUGUGUAUGCGUCGAGAUCCCCCAUGCUCGGCCACUUCACAGCACCCUCUCCGGGAGGACCUGAAACGGUUGCUAACAUAGCCCAGGGUGAACCUUCUUUGCCUACCGGAAAUGCCGGGGAACCCAUUCGUUUUUAUGAGGGAAACGAAGGAGUAAAGCCUCAUCGAAGCGCACCACCCUUCGCACACCCCCGCCCUCACCGCCGGUUCCGCCUGCCGUCGCACCGCCAGAGAAGCCGUCACGAAGCCGACGAGAUGCUGAAGUGGAAGAUCCUCCAGUUUUGUCGGCAGAGAUAUAGAACCUGGUUCGACUGCCCACUGGCGGAGCACCUCAGUCGCCAUUGAACCUUCUGUGGGAGCGGCGCAACGCUCGUUGUCCACGGAGCCUUGGUAGCAGCGCGCUGUACCGAGUGAUAUUGCGUGCGAUGCGGGGGACCACGAGGAGUCAACGGGGUCUGGAUUUUUGUUUGAACAGUGAACUUCUCUGUAUAGUAAACAAUCAGCGUACCCUAUCAGAGAUCUGGCCGCUUCGGGCGCAUGUGAGCCCUGUGGUAGACCUGGGAACAACGACGUUUCUGAACUUUAUUCGGUCGUUGUGGCUGGACGAGCCCUCAUCAACUGGUGUUUCUGGCAACGCAGAAGCUCCGUGUUCCAUGCCGCAUUCUGUGAUUGGUGUUUCGACUGAUACAACUGGCGGGUUCAGCGGAGAUCCACCCACUCUUGACAAAACUGGUUUACGAUUCUACCAGUGUUGGAAACUACUGCCUUGAGCCGCGCAAAUCGCCCUCUGUACGCGGUGCAAAAACGCGUAGUUAAUUGGAAGCCCACACAAGGAUACACCAGCCACAAAUGCAGUUCGCUGUAGCAGACUACGUAGGCAUUUGAAGACACCUCCUCAACAGGAGUGGACAAGCCGCUGUUUAGCACCACUCAGUUGUCACCGUGUUCAGCACAGCAGCUUACGCAACUCUGGCUGACCACAGUCGUCACCACCCCUCUGCGAAGGGGACUGCACGGCGGGUAACAGGAUAUGAUUCGCGUGCGGUCACACGCACUGAUGCGUUGCCAUAACGUCCAUGAGUCAGUGUAUUUCCCAAACUAGCCAGUCCCUCUCGUUUUGCACCUGAUAGCUGUUCCUCUGGCCAUCGACAGGCAAGCGACCCUAUCGACUCCGCAGAACGGGGUUUUGUAACGCGUAGACUAUUCGCCUUAGUUGAGGUCUAAGAUGCAUAUGCUGAGGACAUGCCAAGUUUUGUGGAACGUCGACCGGGUUUCCUUCUCCAAAGCGAUGAGGUCUCAACCUUUAAUCGACAGCCAGGUAAUUAUUUUCUUUAUCACCUGCAUGCAACCCUGGGUUUCUUUUUGCGAUUGCACGCAAUACGGAAAUACUCCUUUGGACGAUCAAUUCAUCCAGCGAGAGAGCAUUUAGUCUCUUCAUUCAUGAGCGUAUCUGUGAACAGAUUCCUGCAGCAGUUGCCCUUCCCCUUUCUCGGAAGACAGUGUGUACGGAAAUCCCGGGAAUCCGAACGGACGGUAAAUUAUAACAAGCUACAUGUCUCCAGAAGAAGAGGAUGCAAAUGGCGUUGGUAGAGACACAAAGCCUGGGUGCGCAGACGUGCAGCAUUAUCGAGUUGGUUCGCUUCAGCAAGCGGUAGGGUGUUUGGGGUUGCAGCUGCUUGUGGCGGUUAGCGAGCCAUAUGGAAGAGCGACGGAGACGCCAACCUCAGUCACGAUCCUUCAGGCUGCGCAGGGAAAAAAACGGGGGGCGGCCUGGCUGCUGGACCGUCCGGUUGAGCGAACGGGUCCACUCUGUCGCUAUUACCUCUAGGAACGGGGGUAGAAACAGCUAGGUUCCAAGCCUGCUGAUGAAGCUGGCACUUUUGAAGGCCCGCAUCCCAUUUGUGACACCCGGUUUUGCUCCUGUUGGUCUUCUAACGGCGCACAAUGUCUUGUUUACACAGCAGGGUGACUUUAACGCUUUGUAUAGUGGCAGCAGGGACUGUGGCUUGCCACUGCACGUAUGCAAACCGUGAACCAACAAGGGACGUCCCGAAUGUGCUGGAGAUUCCGGAACUGGCGUUGGAGAAGGGGAAUGAGGAAGACGUUGACGAAUUCAAGGAGCCGCUUACGGCUCCUGACGAGGAGGACUCACCAUCCGGCGCUCGGAAGAAAGGUGCGACCAUGAAGCGCCUUCAAAGUACUCUCAAUGGUACAGCAAAUACCCGGCUUAAUCUUCCGAAUGAGCUUUGGACCACCGUUCAGAAGAUCUCGCCCAAGAGCGCACAUGACAACGCACCCAUGCGUUUGUGGAUUCGGAAGAAAUACGCACCAAAGGCGGAAGCAGUUCCGAUAGAAGCUUUAACGUCGGCGCUUGUGAAGAGAAUUCGUGGUUCUCAAGAGAAGGAUGAGGGCGACCCUGCCAGGGGCAAACAAACAGAAGCGAUCAUCGCCAACAUCCUCCGCUACUGCCGCACUCAUUACAGACCUACGGAAGCUUGUCCCCAACUCGCCGCCCUCAGGCGCUUUGGCCUGCCUGCCGACAACGCCUAUCCAAGAAGAUAGCUCAGGAGAUACGAACAGGAAUUCUCGUCAGUCUUCUUUCUGCAGUGGCUUCCACGCAGAAGGAACCUCGUCUUCAGAACCGUUGACUGUAUUGGAAAACUGUGAAUUCAGAGAAGCUUGUGUGAGUUCGCUUUUUCGUUUGCUGCCUUUUCUACUAGGCAAUACUCGACUACAUCAAAUACUGUUGGUGUCUGCGUUUCGAGUUUGUAGAGUUCUUCCCUUGACAAUUAGAAAAAAGUAUUUAAAUGAACGUG